GGCAUUCAGCUUCAGCUGAGCUUCAGCUAACCUUUCACAGGUGUGCAGUGAAGGUUUCUCUUAGCAGCCUUUAGCACGAUCAUAAAGUGUGCAGAGCUCCAUUUGUGUUCUGCUGCAUUGCAGAGCUGUGCUGGGAAAGCUCACGGAUCCCACCGUGCUCUGUGCGACGUCCCAUAAGGGACGUGCAUGCCUGCAUUUUUAAGAUGCUCCUUGUCAAGGUGACUUGCAAAAGCGUUUCUUUGCCCCCUUUCUACUUAUUUCAUCCACAUUCUGGUUGCACCGUUGCUCUGUGUUACUGACAGGUGCUGCCUCGGGGCUUAUUUGUCUCACGCUCUGUGGAUAGCAUGGCGAGGGGACACGCAGCCCGAUGCAGAAAAGCAGCCACGUCUUUUUCAAAUGAGGUGGGAAAAUCGCUCUCCACGCUUCCUACUGCUCUUGGUUUGGAAAACAGCCAGGCUCUCAAGAAGAAAGGAAGUACCGAGACAAUUCUGCCUUUGUACUGCGUUUGAUAGAUAAUCUCGAAAGCGGCCGCGAAUGGAAAGCAGCUGGGAACGGGGAGGACGAGGGGCUUCCUCCCGCAGGGGCGGCUGUGGCUCAGGGUUAGCCCUCCCCAGCCGGGCGCUGCUCUGCGAGGGCGCCAGGCGCAAAUCGAGCUUUUUCGCCACGUGCUCGUUCUAUGACCGUUCCACGCUCGGUUAAGAGCGCGCUGGCAUAGAGGACGUUCGGGCCCCGCAGCCCCCCCGCUGCCUCCGUCCCUCCCAUCCUGUGGGAGGCGCCCGGCGCCGCUAGAAAAGGACCGGCAGCCGCGGAGAUACCGGAGUGGAGCGCGGCUGGGAGCCGGCAGGUAGAUUUGCCUUCUCGGCUCUUCUCCUUUGCGGACCUCCCGUCUGGGUGCAGCGAUGUGGUUCUUGGACAAGAUCAGACCGCCGCAGGGCAGCAGGAACCUCCCGUGUGCCUCCUUCCUGGGCCUGCCACCCGGCCAACAUCUGCUGGAAAAAGCCCGCCUGGGGGCUGCUGCUUUCCCCAACGUGCUCACCCCGGACAGAAUCCCGGAGUUCUGCAUCCCCCCCCGGCUGAGCAGCGCUGCUCCUGCUCAGGGUCCCGGCUCCCGCCAGCAACACGGCUCAGAGGAUGCACGUCUCAGUUCCUCUGACCGCAGCUCCGGUUAUUCUUUGCCCCACUUCAUCCAGGUGGAAAGUGCUGAAGAGUUCCCAGCGCUGGAGGAAGAAGGCACCAACUCAGACCCGCAGUCCCAGGCCGCGCUCUCCCUGCCUCACUUCCCCAGAGCUCCCACUUCCUACGGCUUCUGCACCUUGCUGGAGAGUCCCCACACCAGGAGAAAGGAAUCCAUCUUCCACGGUGACACGUGCGGGGCUCUGCCCAGCCUGACGCUGCCUCGAUCCAGAGCUAACACGUUCGGUGGCAAAGGGAACACGUCCAAUCCCAUUGCUAUCAGCUUCACUUCGGUAAGGCUGCCUCCCAGGCACCUGCACAGGCAGGGUGCUUGCGACAGUGACACUGCCUCCUCCAGCGACUCCUCUCCUUUCAGCUCCCCCCUUCUCAGCAGAUCGCCUCCCAGAUCCUGCUCCUUGAUCAAGGCACGAAGUCAGGAAGGAUUGCUCUGCCGAGCACUGAAGGCCAAGAACAAAUCUGGCAUGUCCAGGAAUAAUUCUCUGUCUACAGAAGAGAGCAGCUCCACUGAUAACAGUCCCAGUGCCAUCAGGCGGGCCUCGGAGGGGCUGCUCGCCGCACGGAGCUGCAGUGUGUCUUGUUCUCCCCUCUUUCCCCUGGACUUUGCCCGAGGCCGGCAGAGACUGGUGGGAGAAAGCACCGUAGUCAUGGACAAGGGGGGCAUGUUGAGACUGUCAGCUGAAUACUGCUCAGAAAAUGAAAGGCUGAGGAUCCGUCUGAUCAGUGCAGAGGGUUUAUAUGAUGACUCUGUAGAGCCCAAAAACAUAAACUGCUGCAUUACCCUCUCCCUGGUGCCAGGGAAAACACAGAAACAGAGAAGCACUGUUAUAAAGAGAAGCAGGAAUCCCAUCUUCAAUGAGGACUUCUUUUUUGAUGGCAUUGCAGAAGAAGAACUGCUCAGCCACUCUGUGAGGAUGAAAGCAACAAAUAAAGGGUGCAGCAUGAAACGGGACUAUACCUUAGGAGAACAGGAAUUAUCUUUAAUGAAAUACUUGAAAACACUGUGUCAUUUGGUGUUGUUUUCAUGCCAGUGUGCCUUAACGCUUUGA